UGGCCCGAGGAAGCCGGCGGACUCCAGGGAGUCCUAGAGGGAGCUAGCGGCCCUCUGCGACAAAGGUCACUGGGCUGGGUGUACGUGCUGCGUGCCCGCGGCUGGACAAGCGGCGUCAGGGCGUGUCUGUGCCUGGGCACUGCAUAUGUCCAAAUCAGCGUUCCUUCGUGUGAGAGACAGACCGCCCAGGCGGCCUCGCCCGGGAGCGGUCAAGGACACACAUCCGGCUCCUCCCACUCCGGCAGUUGUCAAAAAUUCCCUAACUCAGUGCUGCCUCGGGCUCACAGAAGGUUGCUAGAGGGCCCCAGACCCGGCACUGCCCUGGGAGGUGCACACAGCACUGCAGAUACCAGGCCGGGGGGCAGCCGCCUUCCCAGGCCCCUACUUCUCCUAGACAACCAUGGCUCCAAAACGAAAGGCUUCAGCAAAGACUGAGCACCCUGACAAGAAAAGGGGGCGACAGGAGCCAGGGGAGGAAGACCGCUUCCGCUCCACUGUGGAGGCCCUCAGGGCUGCACCCGCAGAGACGCGCAUAAUCCGUGUGGACCCCAGCUGCCCUCUGAGCCACAGCCCUGGCACCCAGGUACACAAAGACUACGACUGCACCCUGAACCAGACCAACAUCGGGGAAAACAACAACAAGUUCUACAUCAUCCAGCUGCUGGAAGAUGGCAGCCAGUUCUGCUGCUGGAACCGCUGGGGCCGCGUGGGAGAGGCGGGCCAGUCAAAGCUGAGCCGCUUUGCCUGCCUGGAAGAUGCAAAGAAGGACUUUGAGAAGAAGUUUCGAGACAAGACCAAGAACACAUGGGCAGAGCGGGACCGCUUUGUGGCCCACUCUGGGAAGUACACACUUAUCGAAGUGCAAGGAGAGGCCGAGGGCCAGGAGGCCGUGCUGAAGGUAGGUGGAGGCCCAGCAGGGUCUGUGGUUGAGCGGGUACAGCCCUGCACUCUGGACCCUGCCACCCAGAAGCUCAUCACCAAUAUCUUCAGUGAGGAGAUGUUCAAGAACGCCAUGGCCCUCAUGAACCUGGAUGUGAAGAAGAUGCCCCUGGGGAAGUUAAGCAAGCAGCAGAUCGCACGGGGCUUUGAGGCCUUGGAGGCACUGGAGGAGGCUCUGAAAGCCCCUGGGGAUGGCAGCCCAAGCCUGGAGGAGCUGUCCUCCCACUUCUACACCGUCAUCCCACACAGCUUCGGCCGCAGUCGGCCCCCGCCCAUCAACUCCCCAGAGCUUCUGCAGGCCAAGAAGGACAUGCUGCUGGUGCUGGCGGACAUCGAGCUGGCCCAGACCCUGCAGGCAGCCUGUGGGGCAGAGGAGAGAGUGGAGGAGGUGCCACACCCACUGGACCGAAAAUACCAGCUUCUCAAAUGCCAGCUUCAGCGGCUGGAUUCUGGGGCCCCUGAGUACAAGGUGAUACAGACCUACCUAAAACAGACAGGCAGCACCUCCAGAUGCCCGGCUCUGCGGCAUGUUUGGAAAGUGAACCGGGAAGGCGAGGGAGACAGGUUCCAGGCCCAUUCCAAGCUGGGGAAUCGGAGGCUGCUGUGGCAUGGCACCAACGUGGCUGUGGUGGCUGCCAUCCUCACCAGCGGGCUCCGCAUCAUGCCACAUUCUGGCGGCCGCGUUGGCAAGGGCAUCUACUUCGCCUCGGAGAACAGCAAGUCAGCUAGCUACGUUACUCCCAUGCACUGUGGGAACCACCAGGUGGGUUACAUGUUCCUCGGUGAGGUGGCCCUGGGCAAAGAGCACCACAUCACUAUGGAUGACCCCACGUUGAAGUCCCCACCACUCGGCUUCGACAGUGUCAUUGCCCGAGGAUGCACAGAGCCUGAUCCUACCCAGGACACUGAACUGGAGCUGGAUGGCCAGAGAGUGGCAGUGCCCCAGGGCCAGCCCAUUCCAUGCCCAAAGUUCAGAAGCUCCCACUUCUCCCAGAGUGAGUACCUCAUCUAUCAGGAGAGCCAGUGUCGCCUGCGAUACCUCCUGGAGGUUCACCUCUGAGCUGCUGCCCCACCCCAGGCCCAUGAGGGCCGACCAGGAUCAUCAGUCACACCUCUCACCUCCGUCAUCCUGCAUCACCGCUUCUUUGUUAUCAAGAAUAUAUCUGUGGCUGGUAUAUCAGUAAUGGCUGUAACCCCAGUGUUCAGGAGGCUAGGGUAGAGGAUCACUUGGGCCCAGGAGUUAAGGCCAGCCUGGGAAACACAGUGAAACCUGUAUCAAAAAAAAAAAAAAAAAUACAGGUAGGCUCCAGUUAACAUUUUGGUCAACACUAGACCAUGUAUAUGAUGAUAAAUCCAUAAAAUUAUAUCACCUGUAA